GUUACCUUAUUCUUCGCAAACAAAAACAAAAACCUUAAAAUUCUUGAAAGUGACACGAUCCGAAUGAUGCAGAUGAAGAACACCCCUUUGUACAGAACAACUCCUUGGGGGGGUAUGGCUGAGCCUUGUUUUCGCAAAGCACCCUCUAAGGUGGUUUCCAUCCCUGUUCACUUCGUGGGGUCAGAGCGCACCAGAACAAAUUCUGAUUCUGCCACAGAGAUCCAGAGGGUGCUGAGAGGAUUUCUGGUGAGGAACACCUUGAGGAAAAUCACUGCCAUGAGGGUGGAGUUGGAGCGGAUUGAGAGCGAGAUAAGUGUGGAAGUGAUGAAAUUGAAGAGGGAACAAAGGGAGAGGGUGAGGGUAAGCGAGACCAUCAUGAACUUGCUUCUCAAGUUGGAUUCUGUUAGGGUGUUGCACUACUCUGGCCUCAGAGAGUGCAGAAAGUCUCUCAUCAACAAAGCUAUUGCCCUUCAAGAAAUGCUAGAUCAAAUGGCUGUCACUCAUUCUGAUGAGAUGGAAGAGAAGGAAAGUGAGUGUGUGGAAGCAAAGAAUUGUUUGGUGGAGGAAGAGGAAGAGGAAGGGGAAGGGGAAGGCAGUGGAAUGGAAACUUUGAAGAAUGGGGAGAUAGAAAUGGAGGAGGAGGAGGGAAAGGUGAAAUGGGUUAGAGAAGAUAAUUGUUUGGUGAAGGAAGAGGAAGAUAAUGGAAUAGAAACUUUGAGGAGUGGGGAGGUAGAACGGCAAAAGGAGGAGAGUGGUUGCAUGGAAGAAGAAAGUAUUGGGUUGGGAAAAAGUUUGGUUGUAGAAAAGGAGGGAGAAAUUGAAUGCGAGGAGGAGCAAGAGGAAGGUGAAGAAAUUGAAGCUUUGAGGAAUGAGGAGGUGGAAGACAAAGAGGGUGUGGGAACAAGUUCGGUUGCGGAGAAUUGUUUGAUGAAAGAGGAAGGAGGGGAUUAUGAAAGAGCGGAAGGAGAUGGGAAGAAGAAGGACUUGUUGGAGAAGAUGGUGGAGGACAAUCAGAAGAUGGUGGAGAUGAUGACACAACUGUUUCAGAGGAAUGAGAUGCAGACUACACUUCUCACCUCUCUCUCGCAAAGGGUGGAACAGCUUGAGAGAGCCUUGGCUUGUGAGAAGUUGAGGAGGAAGAAAAAGAGAAAGGCUGAUGCCAAAAUUAAACGAAAUAAUCCUAAAAAUGGCUUCAUCUGACUUUUGCCAUACUCAAAAGGAUCCUCCAUCUUUGUGAUUUUGAUUUUUCUUUUCUUUUCUUGAAACUAGUUUUGAUGUUGAUGUCGGUUUUUAUUUGUGAUUAAUCAAUGUGAUGCUAUCCAAUGAAGUGAAUUGCUUUUACGAAUUUUGCCUCUUAUUA